CUUCAGCAGAGCUCACAGCAAUGAAAAUAAGCCUAGUUCCAGGUUUUUCAUCAAUAAUCGUUCAGGGGCAGAUGAUUUUCAUCUGAUAAACACACAUCCGGAACUCACAGAUCUGAUUUCCUCAAAAUCAGCAAGUAGAAGCACCUUAGCUUUUGAAGAACAAGUUUAACCUCAACUAAGUGAGUUUUUCAUUUUGAGAAGAUGUCUGAUCUUGAUUUAAAGAGGAUCGAGAUCUUCUUCAACCUCCUGAAUGGUUGCAGUGUGGGUGCAGUUUGCAACAACUCUCUGCUGUCCUUUCACAACUUAAAUGAAAGUAGACUGGACAGUCCGGAUGAUGGGGCGCCUUGGCUGACAGUAUUCAUCUCUGUGGUUUACUUUAUUGUGGCUACAGCUGGAGUUUUAGGCAACUUGCUGGUCAUGUUUCUACUUUAUUCCACUCACACAAUCACCACAGGGACCAUCAACUUCUUUGUUUUCAACCUCGCCUUAGCCGACCUGCUUUUUUCUCUUGCUUUACCAUUUUGGGCAGUUGACAUUGCACUGGACUACAGCUGGCCUUUUGGCUUGGCCACCUGCAAAGCUGUGUCCUUACUGACCGGACUGAACGUAUUUGCCAGUUGUUUUUUUCUGACAGCUAUGAGUCUGACUCGCUACUGCUAUGUGGCCACGGCUCUCAAACCUGGAUCCUCCCUGUGCAACAGAUCUUGUACUUUCCCAGUGACAACAGCUAUCAUCUGGGUGGGAGCGCUCAUUGUGGCCAUGCCCCGGGCUGUGUUUGCAGAUGUCAGGCGUGUGGGCAGUGGCAAUGACUCUGCAUGCUUGCUCCGUUUCCCUGAAGGCACUGCCUGGCUUGGAAUUAAUCAACUGAUGAGAGUAGUUCUUGGAUUUCUGCUACCCUACACCAUCAUCACCCUCUCCUACUUGCUCCUGGUCCGAUUCCUCUGCCGGCAUAAACUUAAAGGCAGCAGCAGCACUCGGCGAAAAGCUGAUAUCUCAAAGUCUGUGGCUGUGGUGGUUAUGUCCUUUUGUGCCUGCUGGUUUCCCUACAACGUCCUCACUCUCUGGAGCAUUCUGAUACAGCUUGACAUCAUUGAUAUUAGCAAAUCCUACUACUCAGCUCAGACAUACUUCUUCCCUCUGGCCAAUUGUUUGGCUUUCACCAGCAGCUGUUUCAACCCUGUCAUCUACUGCCUGGUCAGGAAGGAAUACCGCACAGCUUUGCGUAAUAUUUUCUUCAAGCUGAGUCUUGCCAUUAUGUCCAAGAUGCCCUAUGCGCUUAACUCUGAGGAGGUUUUGGGGCAAGGUGGUCAGCUUGGAAUUCCUCUUAGCAACGUCUACAGCCAGACAUGCCAAACUGAUUCAAAGGGCUACGCACCUCUCACAGCACUUCCAGCUGGAACAUCACCGCUGUAAAACCUCAACAGAGGUUCUUUAUAAAAUACCUGCAUCAAACAGUAAGAGGAGAUAGUUCUGAGUUCGUUAUGGGUAUGAGUAGAUAGUUUAUUACUCUUACUAGCAGCAGUUUCACACCACCUCAAACAUCCUGCAGUUUUAUGAUCUCUGAAAGCUGUAGGUUACUCACCACUCAUAAAGUCUAAGAUAGUUUUCAGGCACAAAAUUGGUUGAUCUUUAAAAAAAAAAACAUGUUGCUUCUGCCUUUGAUUUAGUUAUUGUUCAGAGAUAAAUUAAUACAAAUUUUAAUUUCUGAGAUUAGUUAAUAAGGCCACUGAGCAGACAAAUACAUACAUGUUACUGAUUUCGGUCACGAAACCAAAAUACAGCAAAACUUUCGUGUGAUAUCUGUGUUAUUCCCGGGUAUCACAAAGCGGAAACUUAAAGUAAUUAUGUCCAACCAUGUAAAGCCCCUGCAUAGAUUUUCAUUAUAGAAUAGUUAUUGUCUGUUACCUUUUCAUUGUGUUAAUUCUGUCCUAAGCACAUUGCCGCUAUUUUGCAAUGAGAAAAAAGCACAUAAUUGUGGCAUUGAAGCUUAAACAGCUCUUCUUGCUUUCCAAGUAAGAAAUACACUGUAAAUGAAUAUGCUACUAAAAAAACAAAGGAAACACAUUAACAACAAUAUAAGUGCAAAUACAUCAAACCUCAGUGAAAUCAAACUGUCGACUUAGGAAGCAACACUGAUUGACUAUCAACUUCACAUGAUGUUGUGCCAGAAGAAUCAAAAAAAGAUGGAAAUUUUGGGCAAUUGGCAAAACACACCCAAUAAAGAAGUGGUUCCGCAGGUGGGGACCACAGACUACUUCUCUGUACCAAUGCUUUCUAGCUGAUAUUUUGGUGAGUUUUGAAUGUUGGUGGUGCUAUUAUACUCAUGGUAGCAUGAGAUGGACUCUACAACCCACACAAGUAGCUCAGGUAGUGUAGCACAUCCAGGGUGACACAUCAAAGUGAGCUGUGGCAAGAAGGUUUGCUGUGUCUAUCAGUGUAGUAUCCAGAGGUCGAGCACUACCAGGAGACAGCCCAGUAAACCAUCAGACAUGGAGGAGGCCAUAGCAGGGCAACAGCACAGCAGUAGGACCGUUACCUCAGACAUUGUGCAAGGAGCAACAGGAGGAGCACUAACGGAACCCUACAAAAUGAACUCCAGCAGGCAACAAAUGUGCAACGGUCUGCACAAAAGGUUGAAAACCAACUCCAGGAGGAUGGUGUUAGGGUCCAACGUCCACAGAUGGGGGUUGUGCUCACAGCCUGACACCGUGAAGGAUUCUUGGCAUUUGCCAAAACCACCAGGAUUGGAAAAUUUGCAACUGGCGCUCUGUGCUCUUCACAGAUGUAAACAGGUUCACAUUGAGCACAUGUGACAGACGUGACAGACUGUAGAGCAAUCUGCUGCAUGCAGCAUUCUUCAGCAUGACCGGUUUGGCAGUGCGUCAGAAAUGGUGGGGUGGAAUUUCUUUGGAAGACCGCACAGCCCUUUAUAUACUCACCAGAGGUAUCGUGACUACCAUUAGGUAUCGAGAUGAGACCUUUAGACCACUUGUGGGAUCAUAUGCUGGUGUGGUUGGCCCUUGGUUUCUCCUAAUGCAGGAUAAUGGUGUACCUCUUGUAGCUGGAGUGUGGUCAGCAGUUCCUCUAAGAUGAAAGCAUUGAAGCCAUGGAUUGGUCUGCUUGGUUCCCCAGACCUGUAUCUGACUGAGCACAUCUGGGACAUCAUGUCUCGAUCCAUCCACCAACGUCACGUUUCACCACAGACUGUCCAGGAGUUGGCGGAUGCUUUAGGAGAUCCUUAAGGGGACCAUGCUAACCAAUAAAAACAAUGCUUUGCUGUAUUUAAUGUAUUAAAACACCCAUUUAACUGUUUGUGGUACUACAUUAGUAAGCUAAAAACAAAUAGAAAAUAAAACUCAAUAUGGGAUACAGUUAGGCUGUUUGAACUUGAAAUUCACAGUAUUAACACAAAACCCAAUACUAUAUUUGUACAGAAAGUGAUACAAAUAAAACCACAAAAAGCCAGUGGAAUUGUAAUAGGUGUUGUAUAACCUAUGACAUGCUAAUGAGUGACAAUGUAAUACGCCACAGGAGUAAAGAAGAGAGAAGAGCAGGGUGUUAAUAAUUGCAGGAAAGAGGGAAAAACGUGAUUGUGUGGAGUGCCUUACUUCAGUCCACACAAACACUAAGGGGGAUCAAAAUGUUUUGCUGUGCAAUCCACAGUGAGUGGAAUAGCUACUGAAAAUCAACAGCAGCUACAGCUACUCAGAUAGCUCAAACAGGAUUUUUAUAAUAAACAACUCUUGAAUCCUGUGUAAAUCACUAACAACAAACUGCAGUUGUUUUACAGAUCCUACAAGAUAUUUAGCUAUCCUUUCGAUUUUUUUUCUAAAAAGAAAAAUAUCUAGAUAUGGACAUCACAAAAUAGCUUAGGCAGAUGAAUACAACCCCAGAAUUAUGUAUCAUACAUUUUCCUCUAAUGAUAAUUCCAUUCUAUAUGAGAAGGUUGAUUCUAGACCAGCAAUUAAGCUUGUGUUGUUCUGCAUAAAAAGAUCUAGUAUUUAGCAUCUAAAAAAGUUGCAUUUGCUAAUAAAUUACCUUCAGAGAUUUUGCCCAUUUACUCCAGUUCUUUCUGUUCUUCUUCUUUAUUCAUUGCAUGGAAAAGAAUAAAUGACAUACAGCAAUUAUCUUAACUUUUGUGAAAAGCAUUACUAUCGCCUUUAGUAGUUAACUUCUGGUUAAACUGUGGUUGUCCUAUUUUUAUGUGUUAUGUAAAAAAUUAUUUUUUAUUUUGUUGCAUGGAAAUCCAAAAAUAAACCUUGUAAAACUCUU